AUGUCACGUGGGGACUCUGGAUAUUAUUGCUCUGUAAAUAGUCCCAAAUCAGAAACUGAUGACAAAGAUAGCUACGAUGAUUUAGAUGAUACCAGCAAGGAUAACGAAGCCUAUAUGAUCAUGCGAAGUUCAAUGCCAUAUAUGCCUAAUGAUCAAAAAAAUGAUGCGGUUGGUAAUAAUCGACAUACAUUUCACACGAUACCAACUUAUAGUACUAUGGGAAAUGAUCCUGUACCGCCUUUACCAACAACAAAUCAUCCACUCUUUCCUUCAUUGCAACAAUCACCUUCAUGCGAUAUUAAUCAAUCAGAAAUGUACGAUCAACAAAGAUUACAAAAUAAUUCACCGGUACUUAAUAUUCCAAAGUCUGAUUCAAUUGAUUCAAUUAAAGAUGAAGAACAAUUUGUUAAAGCUGUUCGAAAAAAAGCUUCUUUACAAUCUUUACAAAACAAUAAUCAUCAUACAUCGGCAUCUUCUAUGUCAAGAGCGAAAUUAUUACGUAAUAGACAAAUGACACUUAUUGGUAUUCCAUUACCAGAACCUUCACCUUCUUUAUUAUCUCCAGGAACUAUCAGUAUUCAUAAUUUAGUUGAUAGUUAUUGUGAUGAGGAUGAAGAACCAGGUCCAACUCCUGAAGAGAUUGCAGCGAGAAAUCGUAAACGAGAAGCCGCUGUUUCAGAAAUUCUUACUACAGAAAGAAAAUAUGUCGAUGGUUUAGAAAAACUUGUUAAUAUUUUCUUAUUGCCUUUACGAGAAAUUUGUCAAAGAACAAGUCAAAAAAAUGGAUUAUUAUCUAUUAAACCUAUUGCUAGUUUGGAAGAUGUUACUGCGUUGUUUGGUAAUAUUGAGCAAUUAUUAAUUUUACACAAGUCAUUGCUUAAAUCUCUGGAAGAUAGAUAUCGAACAUGGAGUCCUUCUGAAAAAAUUAGUGAUAUAUUUUUAAAAAUUGCUCCAUUUUUAAAGAUGUACAUAAUUUAUCUGAAAAGUUUUCCACGAGCAAUAGCAACCAUGGAACGACUUAAUAAAAGCAGUAAAGAAUUCAAGAAAUUUUUACUGUCAUGUCAGUCAAAGCAAGAAUUAGGAGGAUUACCAUUUAAUUCAUUUUUGAGUUUGCCAAUUCAACGAAUUCCACGAUACAAAUUAUUAUUAGAAGCUUUACUAAAGCACACAGAUGAAUCACAUCCAGAUUUUAUAGACCUCCAAAAAUGCGUUCGACAAAUUAAUAUAAUAGCAGAUGAAGUUAAUGAAAAAAUGAGAGAUGCCGAAAAUCAACAAAAAGUAUUAGAGAUCCAAGUUAAAGUAGAGAAUAUACCAGACAUAAUAAACCCUGCGCGACGAUUCAUACAUAGUGGCGAACUUUACAAAGUUAAACCUCUGUUCAAAUCAACAAAGCCUUAUUUUGCAUCUACCCAAGAAACGCGAAUGCAUUUUUUAUUUAAUGAUCUGUUAUUAUUUUGUUCGAAUCCUCAAGGAGGAAAACUUGUGUAUAAAGGUCAAUUGGAUUUAAAUAAUUGUUCGCUUAUAGAUAUUGAAGAUGACGCGUCAGAUAUGCCAUUUUGUUUUCAAUUACUUACAAAAACGGCAAGAGGUGACUUAAGACACACCGUUCGUACAAAUACUAUCGAUGAAAAAAUUGAAUGGAUGGAAAAAAUUGACUAUGCGAUAUCGGCAUUGCAAAAUGGAAUAAGGAUAUCUUAUAAUGUUAAUGGAAAACGUCUUAUUCCAAUUC